UUUAGAUACACUCUGGUUCGCAUACUUUCCUAGUAGAUUAUGGACAUCAAUGAGAGGACAAUUCUACAUUUGGCCCUGUCCUUACCAGAGAUUAUCGGACGGGUUACAGGAUUCCUCCCAAACUCAGACCUGCUCACGUGCACCCGGCUUAAUUCUGUAUGGGAGGGCGCGGCCCGGAAACACCUCCGUGCCCGGAUAACCAUCACUACGGAACAUCUUCUCCGCUACCUGGAAACUAUCCUCGUCCGAUCCAACCAUCACAAAAGGAUGGAAUUUUGCUACAAUGGCGGCCCCGAGUUUGUCAAGUUUUUACAAAAUGCCGGAAAAUUGGACCACUUAAUCCUCACAAUUACCCUCGAUAAGGACUUAUCUUGUUGGGAUGGCAUCUUCUCCAGCUUAAAACUUGCCGGGACAAGUUUAACAUCCCUGUUGUUACGGCCGGUUUGCCUUAAACCGUAUACCCCCCACCCUUCCUCCAUCCUGCGAGUUUUAACCCGGGAAAAGAAUUUGACCCUUCCCGCCAUCACGAGAUUGUCCAUGGUUCCGUUUCCCCUCAGGAAAUAUCCCGCCUUAGGAAACAUCUAUUCCCGUCUUGCCCCCCUUCUCCCAAACGUGGACACAAUACGUCUCCAAUUUUGUGAACAGAGCGAGCUUGAAUUCCUACUUUGCGCGAGGUCCGCGCCCGCGCCCGCGCCCGCCCCUUUCCCAAAAUUGACUUCGUUAUCCGUCACCCACUGUUUUUCGGAGCGUAUAUUAAUCGACGCAUUCGAAACAGCAGUAGCGCCACCUUGGGCCCUUACCCGGCUUGAGUUUGAUGUUCGGAACGACAAAAAAAUCAUUGGUCCGAUUUUGCUCCGAAACUAUUCCGCCGGUCUGGAAUAUGUGCAUAUCUGUAAAGUUAGAAAUUUAGUGUUACCCGAAGGUAGGGACCCGACCGUCCUGCACGUCCCGGUCAUGCGGAACCUUAAGGUUUUUAAAGUGACGAGGAACCGUGGCACGUGUGAGGCCGGGGGCGGGGUGAAGUUUCAAUUCGAAACGGAGGAUCCCGCCGACGGGGGAAAAAAGAUUAACUAUGCAAAACAGUUUCCUGUCUUGCAAACGAUUAGAAUUGGGUGUGCCGGCAAAGUGAGGGAGACUGAGGCGGACACGUGGUUCGAGUCAGUGGCGCAUUUUUUGUACGAAGUAUUCGCCCCGGGAAAUGGGGUGGUUUGUGAAACUCUGGAAGAUUUGGAUGUCCCCCUUCCGCUGGGGGAGAAGUUCAAGUUACGGGGGGCUAAGGGUACAAGGUGUGGGAUAAAGCAGGGAGUUUGUGACUGUUGGGAGUGGGAGAGGUCGGAUGUCUUCUUGGGUCGGCUGACUGCAACUUUUCCUAAUUUGAGGGUUCCGCGUUUGGCCGAGAGGGGGCGGAAGUUGAGGGAAGAUGGGGUUAAGGCAUGGGUGCGGAGGGGGAUGGAGCUUGGUCUGUUGGAAAGAAGGGGGAUCCGUGAUGGGAUGUGGGUAGAUUUAAAGGAUGGAGGUAAAGAGGAAAUAUACAGGAUUUUCGAGUAGCUCUGUAAGAAUGCGAUGGUGUGAUGUGUAACGCUCGGAUUAGG